GUACCGUCCAGUGGCCCGGCCUCGGCGCGCCUCCCGGGAGCCGUGGAGGAUGCGAAGGACGCGACUUCGCAGAAGCCAAACCAACCUGACGCAGGGCGUGCAGGCGUCUCGUUCUCAGACGACACGGAGGGCGGCAAAGGCGCGAACGAGGAGGGAGCGGGUGAGUCGUCCGUGAGGAAGAGUGCCUACUUCACGGAGUUCCGCACCAAGCUGAAGCGCCAGGCGUCGGUGAGCACGCGCCAAAGCUUUUGGAACCGGGGCGCAGGACAGGUGGCGAACACUUUUUCGCGCGGUUCCACGGCAGCUCGGAGCUCCAUCUUUAGGACGAAAGAGGACGAAGUCCAGCCCCAGGGCCCUCGGGCGUGGCUGGCGCAGAAGGUGUCCUCGCCGGCCUUCGAGUUCACCUUUGCCAUCAUUAUCUUCCUGAACACCAUGUUCAUGGCCGUCCAGGUGCAGUACCGGGGCUUGAACGUGGGCUACACCUUAAACUAUCCCUCCGUGCAGCUGCCCGCCGAGGAGUCUUGGCCCCACGCGGAACAAGUCUUCCUCGGGGUGGAGAUCUGCUUUGGAGUGAUCUUCACCUGCGAGAUCCUGGUCAAGAUCGUGGGCCUAGACAUCAACUUUUGCUGUGACCCGUGGAACAUACUGGACUUCUGCGUGGUGCUGGCCUGGUUCGUGGACACCUUGGCCCAGGGCUGGCUGCCGGUGGACCCGCUGAUGCUGCGUUUGUUGCGCCUCGUGAAGCUGCUUCGGAUGCUGAGACUGGUGAGGACCAUUCAAGGCUUCGACUCCCUGUAUGUCAUGAUCACCUCGAUCAGGGGCUCCGUGGCAGCCUUGUUCUGGAGCGUGAUGCUGUUGAUCCUGGUGCUGAUGACGGUGUCCCUCUUCCUGGUGGUGAUGAUGGAGCCAUAUAUCACCAGCAACGAAGAAGAGGAGCGGCGCAGCGAGGUCUACAAGUACUACGGUACCUUUUCCAAGGCGAUGCUCUCGCUCUUCGAGAUGACCCUGGCCAACUGGCCCACGCCCUCGCGGGUUCUCACAGAGAGGAACGUCAGCGAGGCGUGGAUCUUCUUCAUCCUGAGCUUUCAACUCCUCGUGGGCUUCUCCGUGAUGAAGGUGAUCAUGGGCGUGUUCCUGCAGAUCACCUUCUAUGUUGCCUCCAAUGACGAUGUCAUCAUGAUGAGUCAGAAAGAGAGGGCGCUGAAAGUCCACACCAAGAAGAUGACGGCCCUUUUCGAGGCCGCGGACGAGAACGGAAACGGACGCCUAGACGAGACAGAGUUCGCAGACAUCCUGCAAGACCCUGCCUGCCUAGCCUGGCUCAGCGCCAUGGGUCUGGAAGCCUCCAUGCUCUCCGGCAAGGACCUGUAUCGCCUGCUCUGCGUGGAGGGCACCAAUGACCUGUCGGCGGAGGAGCUGUGCAAGGGCGUGGCAGAGCUCAAGGGCUCGGCGACGAGCCUGAACAUGGCCCUUUUGCAGCGGGACCAAUGCAGCAUUAAGGAGCUCAUGGACUCCAUGUGCAUGUCUUUGGUGAAGCUGCAGGGCAGACUGAAGUGGUCGGAGCACAAGAACGAAGAUUCCAGCACCAGCAGCAGCAGCAGCGACGCCGAGUCCCUCAGCGAGGCGGCGACGCAAAAGAGCCAGUCCACGCUCAGCCGAUCAGGCACCCGGGAGCGGCGGAAGAGCCUUCAAGCCUGGAUGCAGAACCGCACUGCGCGAGGGCGCACGGUGGUGUCCAAGCGCGCCACGCAGGGUGCGGUGUCCCAUGCCCUCUUCAACAAGGAUGAGGAGGAAGACAUCCAGAGCCAAGACUCGCGGCGCACCAAGCUGCAGCGCCAGCUGAAGCGCAUGGUGCUGAGCUCACCCUUCGAGGCGGUCUUCGGGGCGCUGCUUCUCGGAUUGCGAAUUGAUUCGGUGCGGGAGAACGGGGGGGAAUGCGUCUAA